UGUGCUACUUCUAUGUAUAGCCAACAAACAGGUGCUCACUGCAUGGGUCAGCUGUCAGUCACUGUUCAUUUUGAAGUGGCGUGGCGUAUAAGACGUGUACAUUUAGAAAUACUCAGUUGCUAUAAGUCUGCUAAUGAUUGAUUGACUGAACUAUACCUGUGUACAGUUUCAAGAUGUCAAAUCGAUCUCCCAAAGACAUACUAGCUGAUUUGGACAAGGAGCUAGCUGGUGUGAAAUGGUGCGGCCCUCCGUCAGAUCUGUCGCAUCUCCACGACCCAGGACAUCUCUCCCUCUUCAAGCAACUCGGAAACUUUGAAGAAGUCAUCAGCCAAUGGAUUGCCGAAAGAAUUAAGGGGCUCGCUCAAAAACAAGGACAAGAAGAGUAUCAGAUUUGUAGCAUUGGUUGUGAAGAUGCCUCCCUGGAUUCAGUCAUACUUCAGAAAUUGUCGAAAGCCCUUCCUGACAAAAUGUUUAAGUACACUGGUAUCACUGCUGAUGAGCAAGCAUGUGAGGUUGCCGAGGAAACGUUAGAGCUAGGAAAUCUAGGGUCCAAUGUCCAGGUGGAACUAUUGGAGCGAGACUACGAAGAACUUACAAAUGAUGGCCUGCAACCUUUCGAUUUUAUUCUAAUGGCCAACUGUACCUAUCAUGCCUCAGCACUUGAUCCAAUGCUCACAGGUGCCACGCAGCUACUGAAGCCAGGCACAGGGGAGCUGGUCAUUAUUAGCUCCAGCCGACAGUCGCUUUACGAGCUGAUCACACGAUUUUAUUCACACCAACGCACAUACGAGCUGUACACAGCGGAGACAGUAACGGCUACACUGGGGAAACUAGGCAUCAAAUACAAAGUAGAACAUGAGACCACUACGUUUGACUUAACACAACAAUUUGCUGAGGGAUUUACCAGUGAGGAAGCUGCUCUGAUUUUGGAUCACCUUGUCUUCACAAACCUACAGGAUUAUGCUCCGCAAGUUUCUAAGUUGUGCGGAGAGUUAUUGGAAUCUGUUUCUACAUCAAAUGGAGCGAAGAGAGUGGUAACGUCAGUGAGUGACAUGAUAGUUGUAGUCAAUAAUUGAUCUCAUGCUAUUGGAUUUUUCGUACAAUUAACAUAAUUAUAGGCUGUGCAAAGGUGUUAUUGAUUCUGAUCUGGUUAAAAUGUAAUUGUUUUUGCACAUCUUCCCAACAUUGAUUAUUAUGCUAAAUUAACUUCAA